AUGCUUGGCUGCAAGGCAUGUGCCACUCCACUGGAACCCAAUCAGAAAUUGGAGGAUGGUGAAGGAGGAGAAGCUGUUGAUAGGGGGAGCUAUCAGCGAUUAGUGGGUAAGCUCAUUUACCUAUCUCACUCCCGUCCUGAUAUUGCUGUUACUAUCAGUGUGGUUAGUCAGUUUAUGCAUGCUCCUCAUCAGAUUCACUUUGAGGCUGUCAUGAGAAUCUUGAGGUACUUGAAGUCUGCUCUUGAUAAGGAUGCUGACUGGACUGGAUCAGUAAUUGAUAGGAGAUCGACUUCAGGGUACUGCACUUUUGUUGGAGGCAACCUAGUUACUUGGAGGAGUAAGAAACAGAAUAUGGUUGCCAUGUCAAGGGAUGAUAUUCUAUCAAACCCUAAGCUGGUUACUCAAGGUUCAGAUGAAUCACAGUGGUCAACUGGUGGUGGUGAUGAAUCAUGUUAUCAAUUCUGA